CUGAUUUCAGUUUUGAGCAUACAAAAAUCCUGUUGGAUUCUUUAUAUUUCUUGGGUGUAGGAGUUGGUUAUUAUGGAAAAAUGAUUAGAGUUUGGGAGGAAAGCAUUAUUCUUUGUUAGAGUACUUUCAGGGUAUGAAGAAAGAAGGAUUAGAUCUUACAGAUUGCAACUUCAACGACGAUUUGAACAGGCACAAGAAAAGAAGGCAGCCUUGAGAAAGAUCCCGGAGCUGGUUAUUUUAUCAGAGGUUCGCCGUAUGGUUGAGGAGAUGAAGGCAUUGAAUCAGAAACUUGAAGGACCAGAGGCUGCUAUUGAAGAUUACUUCAUGCCAAUCGACAAGCAAGCAGAGAUCAUAAUGAGCACGCAACUUGAAGGGGAGGAAAAGCGAAUGAGGGAAAUGAUGAAGGCCAUGCAUGAGCAGGCUUUGCUUGUGAAAGAUGAGGCAGAGAAGAUGGAAAAAGUGUGCAAUGUGGAUUCAGACAAACAACAGAACACAUCAUCCUCUCUCAACAAUCAAGGUAGUGAUGUGAGAUGGCUCGUGUAAAAUUAUCAAUGUCUGUCUGAGGAAUAAAAAUGUAGGCAAUAGUCAACUUCCUAUUUCUUUGUGAACAAUUGUUAGAAUGAAAUGUAUCUGGUUUUGUUUAGGUGAGAAAAAUGUCUUCCACACCUUGUUCAGUUUGAAUGUUGCAAGGUUGAUGUCUGGUCACAAAGUGUAAAAUCAGCGAUAAAGAAAAAGAUCGUUGAAAUAGCUGUAUUUUCUUUUACACAGAUAGAGAUGUUCACCUUUACAUUACAUGUACAUUUUUUCUUUCA